GUAUUCACUAGCAGACAUUUCUAACUACUAACAAUUAUAAGGUAACAUGCACUUUACAUUUACAGUUUACACACAAUAAAUUAAAGCACAUGCUUAUACACACUCACAAUGGCUCUUUUUGCUAUUUGUUAUCCAAAACCUUUCACUUGAUCAUUAACAAUUGUCCCAUUUUUUAUCUUAACAUGAGACCAACCUACAUUCUUACCACCAUUCUCUUCCUCUCCUACAUCCCAUUCAACCUCGCUUCCCCACCGGAAACCGACGCUUUAUCCAUUUUAGCAUUCGUAUUAAAAGCCGAUAUCCACAACAAGCUUCACUAUACCGUUAACGCUAACAGUACUCCCUGCCAAUGGCAGGGAGUACACUGCCAGUCAGACGGUACUGUGGUUCGCUUCCUCCUCGAAAACCUAAGUCUGACUGGCGUUUUCGCACCUGACACAUUAACUCGUCUCCACCAAUUACGCGUUCUGAGCCUUUACAACAACUCGCUUUCCGGACCAAUUCCUGACCUCUCCGGACUUGUGAACCUCAAAAUUCUGUUUCUAAACUACAACUUCUUUAGCGGCGUAAUUCCGCCUUCAAUCGCCUCUCUUCAUCGUCUACGAACACUAGAUCUCUCACACAACAUCUUAUCCGGCAUCAUUCCUGUUGAUAUUACAAAUCUAUCCAGAUUAACCUACCUUCGUCUCGAUUCUAAUCGACUUAUCGGUUCAAUUCCACCGCUCAACCAGACAUAUCUCAACAUCUUCAACGUAUCGUUCAACGCUUUAACCGGUCCAGUUCCAGUAACUCCUACUUUAAGUAAAUUCAGCACGUCGUCCUUUUCGCCUAACGCUGGACUUUGCGGUCAGAUUGUCCGUACCGAAUGCAGCUCCAUCACACCGUUUUUCGGCAAAUCUUCCACUAAAACGCCGUCGUUUUCAGUGCUGCCACCGCCUCCAGCAGUCCUGCUAGGGCAAACAAUGAAUUUUAAAAACUCAUACAAUAAAAAUCAUAAGAGAUUAGCAAUAAUAAUCGGUAUCCCCGUUAGCUUAAUUGUGAUAAUAUCAUCAAUUACUACAUGUAUUCUUAUGUCAGUCUCAAAGAAGAAGAACAAACUAAACGAUAUCAUGUCAACGAGUGACAUGAUGGAGGUGGCGGCGGUAACAGACGCUGCAGCGGCGGACGCGGCGGAGUUAGUGAAGAGGAUGGAGGAGACGGAGGAGCUGGAAGAGAAGGUGAGGAAGCUGCAGCAAGGAAUAGAUAAGGGAAAGAGUGGGAAACUAGUGUUUUGUAGUGGCGAAACACAGGUCUACACUGUAGAACAGUUGAUGAGAGCGAAUGCGGAGAUGCUGGGGAGAGGGUGUUUGGGAGUUACGUAUAAAGCGGAGGUGGAAACCGGGGUGAUUGUUUGUGUGAAGAGGUUAGAUGUAGGGAGAUUGGUUGGGACUACGAAGGAGAUGUUUGAGAGACAUAUGGAGGUGGUGGGUGGGCUGCGCCACCCAAAUUUGGUGCCGCUUAGAGCUUAUUUUCAGGCGAGAGAUGAACGGCUUCUGGUUUAUGAUUACUGUGCUAAUGGAAGCUUGUUUACUCUGGUUCACGGGUCAACGUCAAGUGCAAAGCCAAUGCAGUGGACAUCAUGCCUGAAAAUAGCCGAAGACAUAGCACAAGGCCUUUCUUACAUCCACCAAGCAUGGAGGCUUGUUCACGGCAACCUUAAAUCAUCAAACGUCCUCCUCGGGUCCGAUUUCGAGGCCUGCCUCUCGGAUUACUGUCUCUCAACCUUGUCCCAACAUCCCCCUGACUGUCAUUCUUCGGCCUACGAGCCACCCGAAACUUGCAGGUUAAACCAUCAACCAACCGCCAAGUCCGAUGUCUACUCAUUCGGGGUUAUAUUGCUUGAGCUCCUAACCGGGAAGCCUGCACCCGUGCACCCACAUUUUGGGCCGGAUGAUAUGGUGAAUUGGGUACGGUCAGUGAGGGAGAAUGAUGGUGGAGAUGUGGACCACAACCGGUUGAUGAUGCUGGUUGAGGUGGCGGUUGUGUGUCGAGUGAGCUCGCCCGAGCAGAGGCCAACAAUGUGGGAAGUGUUAAAGAUGAUUCAGGAGAUUAAGGAUGCUACUAAGGAAGCUGCUGGAACAAGUAGGAGUGAGGGUUCAAUUCUCGUGGUGGAAAAAAAUAUGUAGUUUAAUAACAGAAUUAGAGAGCACGAAUCGUGCUCUCUAAUAAUUCACGCAAAUAACUGAUAUCGCGCUGCACGAUAUCAGUUAUUUGCGUGAAUUAGAUGUCCGGAGAUCGAUAAACGUUUGGCUCCUGUAACUUAUGGUGAGGUAUCGAUAAGAAAUUCAACAAUUUUUAUGAUAAGAGUUUGAUCAUCUUCAUCCUUCACUAAUUUUA